AUGUCCGCCCACUUCUACAACAACCCGCCGUCGACGAGCUAUAUCCCGCCGCCGACGUACCCCUUCAGCGAUGCGGCCAGUUUCGCGCAUCACGGUCACCAAUAUACACAAGGCGGCCAAUUCAACACGGCGUCGCCCGGACUAGCUGUGUCGAAUGGCGCUGUCGUCCGCACGCGAACCCAACCUCAACCGCAGCCGGCCGCAGCCUCGCAAUCGACGCCCCCUCCCCCCCGCACAACCGGCCAGAAGGAUGCGCUCAGUCAAGCCGCCCUCGAAGCGCGACUAGCCGCUACGGCGGCAGAUGGCAGUGGCAAUGCCAAAACCUGGAACUAUCCUCAUACGCGGGGCUCGAAUGUCGUCGACUUCCGGGCGGAGAUCGAGGAAAGAACGAAGAAUGGGGAGAGCUGCGAUCAAAUCGCUGCCGCCCUGAUCGCGAAGGGUGUACACACCAGCUCCAAGACGAUUAGUCGACAGAGAAUCCUAAUGGGCUUACGGAAGAGGGCUGUUCGAAAGGAGAAUCCAAAUCGGAAAGCCCCCUACGAGAGAAAGCAUGGGCCUCGGAAGGUACAGCCGAAGGUGGUUGCCCAGAAAGAAAGGCAGAGCCAAAUAACACAGAUGACGGAACAGGGUCUCUCAGCCGAGGAAAUUGCCAGUAUAAUGAUAUCCCGUGGUAUGCCACUGGUGAAGGGGGCCUCGACUAUCCGCCGCCUUCAAUCGAGUUGGAAGCUGCGUAUGGACCCUCACCGUGUCAAAAGAAACGCCCGCCAUAUGGCCCGGAAGAGGGCGAGACUGGAGCAGAGAGCUGAGUUCGAACGCUACGCGGCGGAAUUGGGGCUCCAAGACUCGGCUGGAUGGGUGGCACAGAAAAUGUCAGAGCCAGCUGUGCAGCAACUUAGAAAGGACCGUUCACAUGUGUUGAUGGGUGAACAUGCCCCGAAAAGUGGCGAUAGGAAAAAUGCCGCCGUGGCGCGUCCCGGCAACCCCCGUGGUUCUGGCAACAAGCAACAUCCCAACAAGUCGACGACCGACGCCGGGCUCGCUACCGCCCACCAGGACUCUGAUUUCGACGGCGAUUCGAGCGAUGAAUCAUCGGACGAUGGCUCACACGCCCAGAUUCAGCGACCAACAAGGAGCAGACCUAGUGGAGGUGCCAGGCCUUCGGAGAACUACAACACGGUCAAGCACCCCGGGGACCCCUCCGACGACAGUGAGAGCGUGGACUCGGAGUAUGAACCGCACCAAAAUCUGCCUACAGCAACUCCUAGGUUCGAACCCAUGCCUGCCAUCUCACCUGUAGGUGGAGGUGACUAUCAAGAUGAUUCCGAUUACGGCCCCAUGAUGCAGGACAACGAUUAUGAUGAUGAUGACGAUGCCGAACAGAUGGGUGACAUAAACUCACCUCAGGACAAUACCCAGGCGCCACCACCAACACAACAACAGCCUCCCGCGCCAUCGGUUGCCUUUCCCGCGCCUGUCUUACCAGUCGAAGAAGCAAAUGCGAACAAGGAGACUAUCGGCUCUAUCAACAGUCAAAUUGCCGCAGCCCAGUCAUUGAAAGACUUACUGGAGGCCCGGAUGAACGGCACGCCCAUGAGAGGUAAUCUCACCGGCUUGCCGCCCUCGUUGGCAGACAUUGCGGCCGCUCGCAAAGAAGCGAAAACAGCCACCGAAGCCAUAUUGGCGAUGUUGUGA